AUGGCCAAGGUCAAGGCUGCCUACAAGGCACGACCGAAAUACCACCCGGAGGCCCCAGUGCCACCCGUGUCCGCCGCGGGCGGCGAGCAGAUCAGAAUUAAGGAAACGACGAGAUCCCGCCGCCCAGCCCUGGAACCACGCCAAUCCAAAGAGCGCGAGAAGGCCGCAUACAACGUCAGAAAGUCCAAGGACACCGUCAUGGCGACAUUGUUCCGUGACCCACGAAUCCGGGAGUACGAUAUCAUCGCCGUCCAGGAACCGUGA